CCGCCCCCUCGUGACGUCCGUGGGAAAAAGGGCGCUGGUUGGCUGUCAGGAAGGCGCUGGGAAACGUUUCUGGGAGGGGGGACGCUUUUCAAAAUGUUCGGAUCCGUGUCAACUGGAACAUUUUGCGUCGUUUGAAUGAGAAGACCCCGAAAAAGGCUCAUGUCACGCCGAAAUAUUUCAUUUUUGGAUUGCUAUGCACGCACCAGAGAGAAAUGAGAGCGCAUCAUUCACUCACACACUUCCUCGCCCUCUCGUCCGCGUCACGUCACCCGCAUGAAUGAAAACCGAGCGAAAACUUGCGGAGAAGUGUGAGUGUGUGUGUGUAACUUCCACCACAACAUCUGUGUACUAGCAGCCAUCCCCGUCGUCAUGUGGCACGCCUUGUCAUAAUAGCCUGGCACGAGCAGCGAGGCGGACGUAUACUGAGAGCCUCCGCCGAUGGUCGUCCACGUGCUUCACUCUCUCCUCUUCGACGUCGCGGAUCGCUCGGGAACUUCAGUCAGUCGUGGUUGGGAUUGCGCAGGAGGAAGACGUGGCUUCCCUUGUCUUGGCCAGGACCUGAACCUCGGACGCGUCGAGUCGAGUCUGAUUGACUUUAUCGCCGUCGACGGACUAUCGUUUCUUUGAUUUGCGAUUCGUUUUGCUCUGGGAGAAGUACUUCGGUUUUGUCUGCCGCGCCUGUGGCUUGUGCUGUGCAAAGUGGGAGGAUCUGGUCGAGCUUUUGAGAGCAACAAUUCGAGGGCGACCAGGUGCUGGUGUUUCAAGUGAGAGAGACAAGGACGAGGUUAGUUUCCCCCUUCAGCGACAUCGCCCUCGAAGCAGUUCCUUCGCCAUGAUGAGUUCCGGCCGAGACGAGCUGUGCGGAGGCGCGGGCGCGGGCGGCGAGAGGGGGCGGCGCCCCCACCGCACGCCCCCAAGUGCGGCCGUCGAGGCGGAGAUGCGGCUGUACCUGGACAAGCUGCGGGAGAUCGUGCCGCACAUCCCGCGGAACCGCAAAGUGACGCGCCUCGAGCUCAUCCAGCACGUGAUCGACUACAUCUGCGAUCUGCAGCACGCCCUCGAGGACCACCCCGGCCUCAAGGACGAGCACGCCGCCCGCCUCCUCACGCCCCCCACCUCGCCUCACCAGCUCUCGCCCAUGGCGCAGCACCUCAUGCCGCCCACGCAGCCGCUCCACGCCCACCUCGCGGCCAGCCCGCACCACAUGCUGCCCCUGCCCAGUCACGCCCAUCUCACGCCCUCGGAGCACGGCGCCCACCUGCCGCCCAUGGCCGGCCUCGGCGCCAGGCAGCCCCUCGGAGUCCUGUCCACUGCCAACACCUUGCAGGCCAUGCCGAUGCGCCGUGACGUCACCAAGACCACGAGCAGAGUCACCACUAUCAGCCACACACUCCCGGGCAGCACGUGAAUCACCCCCCUCCCUCCUUCCCCUCCCCCUCCCCCUCCAACUUCCCCCUCCCCCUUCUCUCCAUGUUCCCUUUAAACUCCACCCCACCCCCUCCCUCCCUCCACCCCCACCACAACCCGGUGUGUGUCCUUCUUUCACGCAUCAACUCGCUCCUUCACCCCCUCCCUCCCCCCUCCAAGAAAAAAAACACACACCCUAAAGAAAGAAAGAAAGAAAGAAAAGAAAAGAAAAAGGAGGUGUAUUUGAGAUUUUAUGGAUCGUUUUUUUUUCUUUCUUUCAAGAAGUAUAUAAAUAUAUACCUUUAAAAAAAAUCAUGGAAUUCUUUUCGAAAUAUAUUUAGAUUCUAAAAGAAAGGAGGAAUGGGUUAUGAAAGAGUUUGUAAAAAAAAAGAGUUGUUUCAAUUUGUUUCUGUCUCUCUCUCUCUCCCUUUUACUCAACUUUCGGUUAUUCUAUUGAACAUUCCCUCCCCCCCUCCCCCUACCCCCCACCCGAGAGCCACUGACCUUCCCGAGUGGCCUACAAGAAGAGUCUCAAGAGUGACGUCACAGAACCCAACGACUUCGUCCGUGGAAAAAGGUCACAAGAGGCUCGCCCAGUGACCCUUCAAGAUUACCUUCGUCUUGCGCUUCGGGAGAUCAUUCCUCAUGGCGAAUUAACGAAGAUUUUUUUUUUUAAAGUCCAGCUGUGACCUCUCAACGAAAAAAAAAGAAGAGAUAAGAAAAGAGAAACUAUAUAUAUAUAUGAUAGAGACACGGAGAGGGAAAUCUGUAGUGAAUAGAAGCCUAAGUGACAGAAAUUCUGUGUGUGUGGCUGUGUCGAUGCUUAAGGUGAUAGAUAGUCAAGGUGUUGAGGGUCCCUGUGUUUGAGGAGUCCGUGUACUUAAGGACCCUUGUGUUUAGGGGGAUCCUACUGCUUGUGGGUCCCUGUGUUGGAGGACUCCUGUGCUUGUGGGUCCAUGUUCUUGAGGGCCCCUGUGCUUAAGGCCCUCUAUGUUGGAUCAUAAGGGCCCCUAAGAUAACACGAGGGCCCCAAGAUAACAUGAAGGCCCCGUGUAUGACCCUCACAUGCCUCCGUUCCGCGUGUGCUACAUUUGCUAUCCUCGUAUAGCACAUGUAUGCACCUUGUGUAUUAUUAUUAUUAUUAUUAUUUAAUCUCUUUUCUUUUUUUGAUAUGAGUGUGUCCUGAUGAGGAUCUCCCCAAAGAUGUUCUGUUUUGUCCUUCAAGAUAUUCAGUUUAAAUAAAAAAAGCACAUUCCUGUUUACGUUUGUUAGUGUGUAGGUAUCUGUCAAAAUAUUAUGUACGUGUGUAUGUGACUUGAAACACAUGUACGUGCGGUUGCCUGGACAUCUGUACAGCUGUACAUCUGCGUAUGUACGCGUAUGUAUGUGUGCAUGUAUGUCAGGCGAAACACAUGUACGCGUGUUUGUCUGGACAUGUGUAUGGGUGUGUGUGUGAGCGUGUGCGUGUGUGUAAAUACAUAUAAUCCUAGAGAAGGAUAAUUUUGAGACCCAGGUGCACGGUGCAGCGUCCUGCUCGCUCGCCACACGGAGUCCUGACUGCCCCUCGCUGCCCCGCCGGCAGAUGGCAGACGGAAGGAGGCGCGGUCAGACAGCUGGUGGUUGGGAGGGUCCAGGUCAACGGCGACGGAAGGGAGGGAGGGAGGGAGGGAGGGAGGGAGGGAGGGAGGGAGGAAGGGAGAGAGAGAGAGAGAGAGAGAGAGAGAGAGAGAGAGAGAGAGAGAGAGAGAGAGAGAGAGAGAGAGAGAGAGAGAGAGAGAGAGAGAGGGGGGGAGAGAGAAAGAAAAAGAAAGAGAAAGAGAGAGAGAGAGAGAGCGAAAAGGUAAAUAUUAGCGAGCGUGUGUGAGAGAGUGCUUUCUGACCUGUGCCCCCAAGAAUGUCAUAACACAGACCUGGGUGUGUUCGCCGUCCACGCCGCAGUAAAACACCACAGUGAUAUCUCACAAUUUACACAAAUCUUACACACACAUCACCUUAGGUACACCACACACACACAGCGAUGAUUACACCAUACACCAACUUAAAAAAAUAAGUUAAUGAAAAAGAAUUCUUCAUCAUUUCCAUCAUAACACUUGUACUUAAAAAAAGAACACUGUAGCGCAUGGACACCAUACUACAGAAAAGAAUGAAAAAGGAAUCCACAAUUCCCUCUGCAUAAACUUACCCUCUACAUGCCUCAAAUAUAAUUGGCACUGUACUUACGUCAUUUAAAACACCACAGUACACUAUAAUUUAAAGAAAAAAGUACGAAUUACACACACACACACACACACACACACACACACACACACACACACACACACACACACACACACACACACACACACACACACACACACACACACACCACACACACACACACAACACACAUUGCACACCACGCCACAGCCUUCGCGAAGCCGAUUACCCGUGGGGCGACACCUCGAGAACCAAUAAACUGUCUUUGGGGGUAACCAUAUGGUAACCAGCUGCCACUCACCCCCCCCCCCCAAUCUGGAGACUAAGGCCACCCGCUGUGCUGAAUUUCGUGCUUUGGCGCCGCUGUACUCUGCUGUAAUAUCCUGUACUGUGCUGCGGUUGUACUUAGCUUGGGGUCGUGUGUGAUAGUUUGAUGAUUGUGGUUAUAGAUGAAUUGUCUUUGUGUGUGUGUGUGUGUGUCUGUAUGUCUAGGUGUAUUUGUAUGUCUGUGUGGGCGUGAACGUCAAUCUACACGUGCCUGCAGUCAUGUGUACACUAUUUUGUACUUAAUGCGCACAGGUUAUAUUAUAUUUUUUAGUCUUACCUAGUAUUGAGUCGAUGAGCUGUUUGCCUGGUCACGUGACAGGUGACAUAAAACAGAAGUACCUGAGAACACGGAGCUGUUGUGCAGUCUGUAUCGACGAAUUGCUAAUACCACUCUCACACCAAAGAUACAUUUUCUAGUGUUGUUAUGUAAGCGACCAUUUCUGCAUUGUAAGAUAUUUUUGUAGUAUCAUAUAAAUGCAACAAAAAAAUAAUAAUAAUGUACAGAUCCUCGU